AUUCGUAAUAUUCAUUUGUAUUUAAUUAAUUUUAUUCAUGUCUCUAAUUCUAUCAAAUUGCACUUUGAUCAAGUUGCUCCGGUGACAGGUUUGCGCAACAAUUAUAGUUCUAUAGACUAUAGCAACUACAGUUAUUUAUUGGAUUCACGAAAGAUAAUUAUAUUAUUGUCAGAAUGAGUAUCAAGGAAGGAAUUCUUUUGGGUAUGGGCAAUCCCCUCUUGGACAUCAGCGCAGUGGUCGAUGCUGAUUUUUUGGCAAAGUAUGGGCUAAAAGCUAAUGAUGCUAUUCUAGCUGAAGACAAGCAUAAGCCAAUGUACCAAGAAAUGGCAAAGAUGGAUAAUGUGGAAUACUUGGCUGGCGGUGCCACUCAGAAUUCCAUUCGCAUUGCUCAGUGGUUAAUGCAAGUGCCAAAGGCUUGUGCUUAUAUAGGAUGUGUUGGAAAAGAUCGUUUUGGCGAAAUCCUGAAGGAAAAAGCAGAGAAGGCAGGAGUAGAUGUGAAAUAUUAUUAUAUAGAUAAUCCAGAAACAGGAACAUGCGCUGUGUGCAUUACCAAUAACAACACUGCAAGGUCCCUAGUGGCAAACCUCGCUGCUGCCAAUCAUUAUAAAAAAGAGCACUUGGAAGAAAACUGGAAAACUGUGGAAAAAGCUGAUAUAUUUUACAUAUCAGGUUUUUUCUUAACUGUCUCACCAGAUUCCAUUAUGAUGGUUGCUAGACAUGCAACAGAGAAAAAAAAAAUUUUUGCAAUGAACUUGUCUGCACCCUUCAUAACUGAAUUCUUCAAAGAACCUUUAAUGGAAGCCAUGCCACACAUCGACCUUCUAUUUGGAAACGAAUCUGAAGCCCUUACAUUUUCAAGAGUACAAGGAUUUAAUACUGAAGACAUGAAAGAAAUAGCCAUAAAGAUUGCAAAUCUUCCACGAGCUGGUGAAAAAAAAUCACGUGUUGUUGUUAUUACUCAAGGAAAAGAUCCUACUUUGGUUGCGAAAGAUGGCAAUAUCACUGAGUAUCCUGUAGCUUUAAUAAAGCAAGAAGAAAUUGUCGACACAAAUGGUGCUGGAGAUGCUUUUGUUGGAGGAUUUCUUGUGCAAUAUUUACAAGGAAAACCAAUGGAAGAAUGUAUCAAGUGUGCCCAUUACUCAGCUCGACUAAUUCUUAAAGUCUCUGGAGUUACUCUUGAUGGCAAACCUGAUUUCUAGACUAGAAACCUCCAAAAAUCUAUGAACAAAGUCUAGUUUAAAAAAUUAUGAUAUAAGAGAAAGUUAUUUGGAAAAUAAUAAUUGAACCCAAAGCUUUUAUUAUGAAGUAAAGUAUGAUAUUGUA